GUGAAAACAGUGAAGUUGUGUCUGGCGUUGUUCUUCCGUGUUUUAUAAAAUAUUUGUAAAUUUUAUGCCUACCUAAGCCUGAAAUGUGCAUGGUGUUAAUAGUUUUCGUGUAUGUGUUGUGAUAAUGUGAUACGUGUUUAUUGUUUGAAAUGGAGACAAAUGCAAAUCAGAAGGUGUCAUGUGUAGCUAACUACGCGUACGAUGCGUCGGAGGCGGACGAGCUGUCGAUCCGGCCGGGAGACGUGCUGCGCGACGUGGAGCGACUGCCGGGCGGCUGGUGGCGCGGCGAGCUGCGCGGACGUCGCGGCAUGUUCCCGGACAACUUCGUGUCUGUACUCACGGAGCAGGCCAACGCCAGGUCCGGCGGCGUUCAGGGCCGGUGCCGAGCGGUGUUCAGCUACCAGCCGGCCAACCCGGACGAGCUGCCACUCAGCGUUGGAGACGUACUUGAAGUCCUUGGCGAGGUAGAGGAAGGCUGGUGGCAGGGCCGGCGGCAGGGCCGCGUGGGCGUGUUCCCGUCCAACUUCGUGGUGAUGCUCGACCCGCCGCAGCCGGCGCCGCCCUUCGAGCCAGCGCCCGCGUUGCCCCCCAAACCUGUGAAAGAGCAAUGCCGAGUGCUGUUCCCGUAUACAGCAGUAAACGACGACGAGCUCACACUGGCUGAAGGGGACAUAGUGACAAUCGUCUCAAAGGACGCGCCGGACCGCGGCUGGUGGCGCGGCGAGCUACACGGCCGGCAGGGGUUGUUCCCUGACAACUUUGUGCAGAUGCUGCCAGCAGUGGCAGCGGAGGCAGAAGAGAAGAAACCAGACAGGCCGCCAUCGAAAACGAACGCAAUAUACCCUGUGCUGAACAAGUACUCAGAAAAGACCGCCUCAGUUAAAGAAUUGACCACGUCUAAAAUAAGUUUGCACAAAGAAAACACAAUCAGCAAGGAGAGUACCACACAGAAUACAGUAACCCACACAAACAAGACCGAGUCGGAGAAGCUCAUUCACAACGAGUCUGUCAACGACGGGACGUUGGACGGACAGAUUAAGAAACCUCCAGUGCCAUUGAAGAAAAGUCCGACCCCGAGCGCAGGCGUAGGCGGCUUGUUCAGCGGCCUGAAGACCAAAAUGUUAUCUUCUACAGACAAGUUACCUUAUGUAGUUAGUAAUAAGAGCGAUGUUGCAAUAGCAGACCGGCCCGACGGCGCCGCCGCCUCGCGCCCGCCGUCCAACACGCUGGACCACGUCGAGCGCAACUCCAUGCUCAACGACCCCCGCGCUCACAGAGUCAAAGCGCCCCGCCGACGGCCGCCCAGUCAGGCUCUACGGGAUGACACGCCGCAACAGAUCGGGCUCAGCAAUGGCCACGAAGUACCAACAGAAAGAGAAAAGCCGCCAGCCGAGAAAGCUGAAGAAAUAAAACCUCGCGCUCGCGAGUGGGAGAAACACAAGGCGCCGUGGAUGGAGGAGCUUAAGCUGAAUCAAGCAAAGAAGACCAGCUUCGGGGCUGAUGGGAAGUCGCGAUCUGUGUCCACUGGCUCUGAAAGCGGCGUGGCCAGCAAGGCUGGUGGUGGCAGCACUGACAGGUAUGACGUCACACAAAUAAGCUAUGCUAGAGUAGAGGUCUCAGGUUAGAAUCCCAUAUAGGUC